AUGGAGAAGCAGCUGCUGUGCAGAGACCAACUCGCUGGGAAGGACAAAACUGUGGAUACAGAUCCACCUGUCCAACAAGGAGUAACGAACAGACUGGCUGUGUUCGUGCCAAUUUGGGAGUAUGAACUAGGAAAAAGACGCCGCGCCCGCCAGGGGGCGCCCCCGUGGCGGCAGCCCGGCGCAUGCGCACAGAGCCCCGCGGGAUCGGGAGCGGGGGCGGCAGCGCUGGCGAGGGAGCAGCAGCAGCGGGGGAGCGGGAGCGGCGGCGGCGCCCGGGUGGGGCUGUGCCUGCUGUGCGGGCUCCCCGCGGCCGGCAAGUCCAGCCUGGCCCGCGCCCUGUGCCGCCGGCUGCGGCAGCGCCCGGGCUGGGCCUGCGCGCUCCUCCACUACGACGAGCUCAUCCCGGACGAGGCCUUCCGCGCGCGCGCGCCGGGGGCGGGCCCGAGGGAGCCGCUCCCAUUGGUCAGUGUGGUUACGUCAUUGCCGUGCGACUGCUGUUGCCUGGCAACGGGACGCGUCCGACUGGGACUGGGUGUGCCCGGCUGGAAGCAGAGCCGCCGCGAGCUGCUGCAGUGCCUGGAGGGUCUCCUGCGGGCGCUGCUCACUGGGGCGCCGCUGCCCGGCCCCGCACAGCCGGGGUGGGAGCGGUUCCUGCGCUGCUGCCGCCGGGAAGGGCUGCUGGAGGCGGCGCGGGGGGACGGCGGGGCCCCAGCACGGCCGCUCUGCCUCCUCCUGGACGACAACUUCUACUACCAGAGCAUGCGGUACGAGGUGUACCAGCUGGCCAGAAAAUAUUCCUUGGGCUUCUGCCAGUUGUUUUUAGACUGUCCCCUGGAAUGCUGCCUGCAGAGGAAUCGCCUCAGGAGUGAUCCUGUACCAGAGCAGACAAUACAUUUAAUGGCAAGGAAAAUAGAAAUGCCAGAUCUCAAGAAAAAUGCUUGGGAGCAGCACAGCCUCAUUCUGAGAAGCUCUGAUUGCAUCUCAGAGGACAAUGAGCAGAUAAUUAACCUGCUGGCCACUGCUCUGGAAAAUCCAGCAAGGCCAAACGAGGAGGACACGGAGCAAAAGGACACAGAUCGAGCCAUCUGUGCAGCCAGUGCUGUCCACCAGGCUGACCAGGCGUGCAGGAGGGUCAUCUCUCAGGCCAUGAAGGAUGCCAGAGACAAAAACGUUCCCCCAAGUGAGAUGAAGAGCUUGGCAGAAGAACUCAACAAACUGAAGGCAGAAUUUUUGGAAGACUUGAGAAUCAGAGAAGAAUUUAGCCUGGGAAGAGCACUUGGAAGUCAUCUAGUCCUGUUUCCUGCUUACCAUGGGACUGACCUCGACCCACAGCCUCCUUCAGAUGAGAUUCUGAGGAGCACCUUGGCUGGUGACCUGCUCUGCUCUGUCCAGCAGCCCCUGAGCAAUCCCAGAGGUGAGUUUAUCCUCCUUACCACAUCUAGAUCCCAUUUAGUCCUGAGCAGAUCACCAGCUCCACCUGUGGUAGCACAUGCAAUUAAGAAUUAACACGGGACCUAAUUAGAAAGUGUUAUUUUAUUCAUAUCUUACAAAAGCAAAGCUUCACAACAUGAACUACACAUGAUAGAGUUAUUUCAGAAUUAACCUUGUCAUCUCAAAAACAUUCACUAACAUUAAAAUUUAUUUUACAACUCUAGCAGGUUUCAUUUUUGCAUAAAAUAUGCUCUUUACACUGAAAUACAUAUUAUUAACAAAGUAGGUACUUUGAAGCACAUACACCAAGAUUGCUCAAUGAAAAAUGCUUCAGCAGGAGAGAGAUUUCCUGCAGCAGAACAUCCAUUUGCUGUAGAUUUUCAGAGAAGAUUAAAAUUAAUAGAAAACUUGCCAGUAAAGACUUCUAAGUUACAUUCCCUUCGUCAAAAAGAAACAAAAAUCAACACCCCCCUCAAACAUUCUGGAACAAAACAAACAGCAAGAGAUUAUUUGGGUAGAAAACACUGCUGGAACGUGUCACCCAGCACUGAGUUUUAUAUUAAAAUGCCAACCAACAUUUUAUGUCAAAAUCCUCUUCAUCUAAACAUGUGUCUGUGAAAAAACAACUAUUUUCCCCUAUUAGCCGCUUUGGAGUUGGUUUAAGUAUUAACUGAGAUAAUUAAGAUGUUCAAAUAUUUAUUGGAAUAUUCAGUCUCAGUUAAGUCUGUAUUGAGUGCUACGAAUAGUGCAUGUUGAAAUGUCCACAAAGCUAUAAAAUAAUCUCUUACAAUAAAAACAAAAACUUCACAAAA